GAAAAAGAAAAUGCUCUUACUUCACAGACCUUCUGUGUCCAGUGUCAGUCAUCUGCCAUAUCCGAACUCUUUAACUUUCUGGGAUAAUCAGUUUUAUAUUUCUUUCUUUAUUUUUGUCUUCUUCCUCUUUACUUCGGUGUUUGUUAUAAGCACCACCUUACUCUAAACUCCAAAGUCUAUCGAGAUCAUUUGGGGGACCCUCCGGCUCUACAGAUUAUUACAGGUAGCAAUGGUCGAUGAUGGGUGGAUAUAUGAUACGCCUGUCCACUCUGAUGUGGAGGCCAAGCUGAGGAACUUCCUUGUAGACCGUCGAAAUGAUAUAAUUGGAAUCCAGGUAUGCGCUUAUAAAGAUGGAGAGGUUAUUAUUGACACUGCUGCUGGAGUGCUUGGUGAAACUGAUCCUCGUCCAGUUCAGCCUGAUACCCUUUUUCCAGUUUUUUCUGUAACCAAGAGUAUCACAUCAGGAAUGUUGCAUUGGCUGGUUGACAAUGGAAAAAUGAAGUUUGAUGAAAAUGUAGCAAAUAUAUGGCCAGAAUUUGGAUCAAAUGGGAAGGAUGCCAUAAAGGUCCAUCAUGUGCUUAAUCAUACGUCUGGUCUGCCUAAUGCCAUGUCAGACCUUCUUAAAGAAAACCAACUACAACUGUCUGACUGGGAUGGAUGUUUGAAUCGCAUUGCAAUGUCUGUACCUGAGACUGAACCUGGCGAGUUGCAAUUGCAUCACUAUCUAUCUUUUGGCUGGCUUUGUGGUGGAAUUAUUGAACAUGCAUCUGGGAAAAAAUUUCAGGAGAUUCUUGAAGAAGCAUUCGUUCACCCCCUCCAAAUUGAAGGGGAGCUAUAUAUUGGAAUUCCUCCAGGUGUUGAAUCUCGACUUGCAACCCUCACGCUAGAUACAGAUUCUCUGAGCAAGUUCUCUAACUUAGGCAAUCAGCCUGAUCUGCCCUCUAGUUUACAGCCUGUCAACAUUCCCCAUAUCGCAACAACACUUGCUUCUAUGUUUAACAUGCUCAACUUCCGUCGUGCACUCAUACCUGGUGCCAAUGGACAUUGCUCAGCCCGUGCACUUGCACGUUACUAUGCAGCCUUAGUUGAUGGAGGUAUGGUUCCGCCUCUGCAUUCUUCUUCCUCAAAACCCCCACUUGGUAGCCACCCCCACAUUCCUACACUUUCUUCCCAAAAUUCACCGAAAAAGCAACAAGAUUAUAAACAGAACCAAGAAGAUGUUGAGAGUGGAAAUCAUAGUAGUAAGGAUCAUGACACUAACACUAGCAAUAGAAAUGAGUCCAUAUGUGACAAGAUUUUAGUGACUAACCCUUCAAGUAAUUAUGCUGGUAAUUUAUUUAGAAAUCCUAGAAUUCAUGAUGCUUUCUUGGGUGUGGGGCAAUAUGGAAAUUUGGUUAAGGCUGAUGGAAAAUAUGGACUUGGGUUUGAGAGGUGCACUUCAAAGGAGGGUUCCCUUGUCGGCUUUGGACUCUCUGGAAUGGGAGGGUCAAUUGGACUUUGUAACCUGAAAAAUAGGUUUGCUAUAGCUGUGACAUUGAACAGGCUCUCAUUCACUUCUUUCACUUCCAACAUCAUUGAUCUCGUUUGUUCGGAGCUGAACAUUCUCUGAUUUGAUAAGGGUCUUGGGAAAAACACAAAAACUGAUAUUAAAAGGUAAUUUUUUUGGUUUGAAUAUAUUCGUGCUUAGCAUUGUAUGUGCUUGAUAUGCAGGAUUAUGUUGUAUAAAUUAUACUGUAGUAUAUUAGACUGUAUUAUAUUAAGAAUUGUACUAUACUGCAAUUUUAGUUAAAGAAUUAUUUUAUCAAAAUAAAAUUGAUAAACUAUGACUGUG